AUGCACAGUGAAAACGAAAAUGAAUCAGAGGACAAUCCGACGAAUACGACAAAAGCUUUUGAAUGUUAUAAAGAUGAAGAUGGUAUGCGAAAAGAUGAAGAAGGUCACGAUGAUAUGAUAACGGUCAAAUUCAUAAUCCCUCCAAAAAAUAGAGUUUUUACUAAUAGUUACCAUGUUAAUUUGCAAAUAACAGAGGUUAUCAACAGCUUAAGCAAUAUAUUCAAUAUGCCACGAGAUUCAAUAGUAAUAACACAUGAAGGUGAAGAGGUGCCAUUUGAUGUUAAACUUCAGCAUCUUAACAUCGAUGCUUUUGGAAUAUUAACAUUGGGUCUCACAAAUUCUAAUAAUGCUGAAUUCAAAGUAGAUGAUUUGUAUAAAGAUAUGGCAAUAGCCGAUAUUAUUACAGUACAUUGCGAAGCAGACCAUUGCGAUCCAUAUGAUUUGAUAGUUGAAAUAGAAGACAAGCGCAUUAUUAAACCAUUUACUGGAGGUUAUAAAAAUAAAAUAAAUAAUAUAGAAUAUCAUCAUGCAUUCACACAAACUGGACCGCCAGCUUCAAAAAUAUCUCCAUAUCUGUUACAAUCGAGAGAUUGUCAGACAAUAACUAGUAUUGAUGUAAAUCAACAGACUUCUUGUACGAAUUCAACGCAAAUGCAAAGCGAGCAUAUUUGUAUUCCAUCAGUAACAAACAAGAUAUUAACUCCAGGAAAAUAUAAAUCAGAGUUAUCUUGUAUUGAUCAGAAUAUAGAUAUGCAAAUUAAAAAUGAUUUGCGUAAGGAACGCAUGCAUGAUAUUGUCGUACAGACAUAUCCACGUAAUAAAAACGAUUUAUUAAUGUUACAAUCUGUUAUUGCAAAUUGGCACCAGCAAGAAACAGAAUCAAUUCAAAAGAUGUACUCUGGGGCACCAAAGCAUGCCGAGCUAAAUAUGCUGCUUGAAAAAGAAAUAAAAAUGCUGCAAGUUGUACAAGCGCGAAAGAAAGACUCCAUAGAAGAAAAUAACAAAUUGAAGGACUAUAAAAUAUUGACUUUAUCACAAAAACCUGUUACUUGGACUGGUUAUAAAGGACUAAAAAUUGAAAUGGACACUUUAAAAACUCAAUAUGCCCGACGUUUAUCGAUAAUUUAUAAUAGCAUUAGCAAAGAAGAACCAGUGGAAUCACGAUUAGAAACUCUUAUGUCCUUGCGUUCAACCCUAGAAGAAAAUCCAACAAAUAUAUCGAUUGAUAUAAUUGAAUUAAUUGAUCGAGAAAGUGAAUUGUUAAUUCGUCAAAUUAAUGCGAAAGAUAUUCAGAUUUUGCGCAAGCGAUUAAAACAAUUAUUGAUGAAGUAUAUGAAAAGUACGAAUACUUUUAAAUGUUUAGAAUCUGAUUCGAAUUGUUUGUCAACAAAAGAUCAUCAUAUAUGUAAAUACUGUUCUCGUAUAAGACCAGCUAAAAUGAUAUCAUUGCAUUCAUGUACAAAGUAUUUAAAUGCAUGCGCUUCGUGCAUUUCCAUGGUGCAAACCCAGCAAAAAAAUUACGGUCCAUUUGCUAAAAUGUUGCAGGAAGUUCGAUGCGAGGAGCAAAAAAACAACUCUUUGCGGUCCGUAAUCUUCAUUAUGAAUGUAGUGGAUAUGCAAAAGCUGGUUGAUACAAUUUGGCACGGUCAAUCGGCGUUAAGCACUAAAACAGAAAAGCUUCAGGCUCCUAAAUGGGACCGAAGGAGAAACUGGUCGCCGUGGAACUGCAUUAUAUUGACAAGAGAAGAAACAUGCGCACAUAUGAAAAUAACAGAUUUAGAAAAGGCUUACGACCAUAGCUUCAUCGCAUAUGUUAAACUUAAACAUUUGCUGGCUAAAAACAUGUUUAAACAACUCGCCGAAGUUGACGAAAAUUUUAAAGAAGCGCAAUGUCAAAACAACGUACAUUAA